AAAACAACCUAAGGGUAAAAAAAAAAGCACGUAUUAUCAGUCCACAUCUUGAUAUUGAUAAAUAAUUUUUACUGAUUGAUAUUAGGAAUGUAUUUAGAUGACAAAAUAUUAUACAAUUUUACAUCAUUCUUUUGUAGCUUUAUGAACAACUCAUGUAUUUCUCUAUGUAUAAAUUGUAUAAAUUUCAUAAUCAAUAAAUUACUUAUCAAUGUAGAAUUUUUUGAUGGGCUCCAAGGAAUAUAUGGGAUUACAUAAAUAUUUGAUACUUAAAUUCUUAAUGUUUGGUACAUGAGAAGGUUAUUAUUCCAAUUAUGGUUAAGUAAAAUAUCAAAUACGUCAUUACGUAACAUGUACGGGAUAUUAUGGUAUUUUACUAUUCCCACCAAAUACGGAAAUAAUAAUAAAUGGAGGUCCUAUGGGAGUCUAUUGUUAAGCACGCUCUAUAAUAUAAUCAGUCAAACACCGAAAAAUAUUGAAAAUCAGCCAUGCCAUUUAUGCAACGAGAAAUUUUUUUUAAACCCAUUUAGAUCGCAUUAUCAUUAUGUUGUGGACACAUAUUCCAUUAUAAUUGAAAUUUUAGUUAUGAAACCAAAAGUGCCCUAUUUGUAAAAGAAAUGUGAAAAGUAUAAAAGUAUUGGAACGUAACUUAUCUCAAAGAAGUUGUGCUAUCAUCCAUCAUCCGUAGCUAGUAUAUUAAACAAAAGUCUUCAUAUUUAAUUCUUUCGAAACAUUGGAAGAAAUACCUAAGGAUCAAGAACGGUAAUACCUGUGAGUGAUGAUAAUGGAGAGUCAAAUACAGAAGAAAAUGAAAAUUAAUGGAGUUUUCACAUUGAUGAUGAAAUUUUUUUUUAAAUAACGAUUUAAUGACUUUUUUGUUGGAACACGUAAUAUUCAUUCAGUAGACGAUCCCUGACCACUAACAAUUCGUUAAAUGUCAUUUUUUUUUAAGAAAAAUUAUUACUUGAUUGGUUGGUCUUACUAAAUGUUAUGACAAGUCAUGUAUUUUUUUAUUAUAUUUCACAUCACACC